UCCUAGCUCAUGACGUGUCUAUCUGGACCGUCCAUCGGUUUUGUUGUGGUUCCGCUGCGGGUCUCUACCGGGUCACAGGGCUCUCCCGCCGGCAUGCGGGAACAUUUGCCGCCGGAAACAAGGCGCUGCUGACGGCCUGCUUGUCUAGCGUGCUGCGCUAAUCUGCUUUUGGACUGGAAGCGUCGAGGGUGCGGAUGAAGUGGAAAGUGUCAGCAGGUGCAUGUGUGGGGGAGGGGCGGUGACCUUUCACACUUGUGUCCAGAUCUUCAUCAUCAUGGCCGACAAGACGGCACCACGCUGCCAGCUGAGGUUGGAGUGGGUGCACGGCUACCGGGGUCACCAGUGCCGCAAUAACCUCUUCUACACGGCCGGCAAGGAGCUGGUCUACUUCGUGGCCGGGGUGGGCGUGGUCUACAACGCCAGAGAACACGCCCAGAAGUUCUACCUGGGCCACGACGAUGACAUCAUCAGCCUGGCGCUCCAUCCCGACAAAGUCCAGGUGGCCACGGGUCAGGUGGGCAAGGAGCCCUACAUCUGCGUGUGGGACACCUACGCCAUGCAGACCGUCUCCAUCCUGCGAGACCUGCACACGCACGGCGUGGCCUGUCUGGCUUUUGACGCCGACGGACAGCGACUGGCCUCGGUGGGACUGGACGCCAAGAACACCUUGUGUGUGUGGGACUGGAGGGGCGGACGAGUCCUCGCCACGGCGACCGGCCACUCGGACAGAAUCUUUGACGUGGCCUGGGAUCCACUUGUGUCCGGUCGAUUGGUCAGCUGUGGCGUCAAACACAUCAAGUUCUGGACUCUGUGUGGAAACGCUCUGACGCCCAAGAGGGGAAUCUUCGGGAAAGCGGGUGACCUUCAGACCAUCUUGUGUGUGGCCACCGCCAAGGAGCAGACCACCUACUCAGGCGCGCUCAAUGGCGACGUGUACGUGUGGCGCGGAAUCUCCCUGGUCAGGACCAUCCAGGCGGCACAUGGAGCGGGAAUCUUCAGCAUGCACGCCUGUGAAGAAGGUUUCGCCACCGGAGGACGAGACGGUUGUGUGCGACUGUGGGACGUCGACUUCAAGCCUAUCACCAAAAUCGAUCUUCGAGAAGCCGAGCAGGGAUACAAAGGUCUGUCCAUCCGUAGCGUCUGCUGGAAGGCUGACCGCAUCCUGGCAGGCACACAGGAUAGCGAGAUUUUCGAGGUCAUGGUCCGGGACCGGGACAAACCGGUUCUGCUGAUGCAAGGUCACAGCGAGGGGGAACUGUGGGCACUGGACCUUCAUCCCAAGCAGCCAGUCGCUGCGACUGGGAGCGAUGACCGCUCUGUCAGGCUCUGGAGUCUGCCGGACCGAACCCUGCUGGCUCGCUGUAACAUGGAAGAAUCGGUGCGCAGCGUUUCCUUCAACAAUGACGGAUCUCAGCUGGCUCUGGGAAUGAAGGAUGGCUCCUUCACGGUCCUGCGAGUCAGGGACAUGACGGAGGUGGUGCACAUUAAGGACAGGAAAGAGGUGAUACACGAGCUUAAGUUCUCACCAGACGGCUCCUUGUUGGCGGUGGGCUCCAAUGAUGGUGUGGUGGACGUCUACGCUGUCGCCCAACGCUUUAAAAAAGUGGGCGAGUGCGGCCACUCCACCUCCUUCAUCACACACCUGGACUGGUCCGUGGACUCCCGUUUCCUGCAGACUAACGACGGCGCUGGAGAGCGCCUCUUUUUCCGGAUGCCAGGUAAAGUGCUGUCCAAAGAAGAGGCCAAGGGUAUCCACUGGAUGACGUGGACGGGUGUUCUGGGGCCAGAGGUUAACAGCAUCUGGCCUAAAUACUCCAACGUCACCACCGUCAACUCUGUGGACGCCAACUACAGCAGCGCCGUGCUGGUGACCGGAGAUGACCUCGGCCUCGUAAAACUUUUCAGGUUCCCGUGUCUCAAGAAAGGUGCCAAGUUCAAGAAGUACAUCGGCCAUUCUGCACAUGUGACCAACGUGCGAUGGUCUAAGGACCUUCAGUGGGUUGUCAGCACCGGCGGGGCCGAUCACGCCGUCUUCCAGUGGCGCUUCCUGCCCGAGGGUGUCAUGAACGGUGUCCUGGAACCCCUCCUCCAAGAGGGUUACGCUGACUCCAACAGCGGCGACUCAGACUCGGACGUGUCCGACGUGCCAGAGAUCGACUCGGACAUCGAGCAGGAAUCUCAGCACAACUACGAGCGUCAGGUGUACAAGGACGACCUCCCGCAGCUGCGGAGGAAGCUGAUUGGUUCUCUGAAGAGGCAGAAAGCGCCGGAGGAGGGGCUCCGCCUGCAAUUUGUUCAUGGGUACCGUGGCUUCGACUGCCGUAACAACCUGUUCUACAGCCAGAGCGGGGAGGUGGUCUACCAUGUGGCUGCUGUGGCUGUGGUCUACAACCGCCUGCAACACAGUCAGAGGUUCUAUCAGGGCCACGACGACGACAUACUCAGCCUCACCGUGCACCCGCUGAAAGACUACGCCGCCACAGGCCAGGUGGGCCGGGACCCGGCCGUCCACGUCUGGGACAUCCCCACUCUCAAAUGCCUGUCACUGCUCAAAGGUCACCACAGCAAAGGAGUUAGUGCGCUGGACUUCACGGCCGACGGAAAGAGUCUGGUGUCUGUGGGAAUGGACGACUUUCACUCCAUCGUCAUCUGGGACUGGAAGAAAGGUGAACGACUGGCUAAGAGCAGGGGCCACAAGGACAAGAUCUUUGUGGUGAAGAGCAACCCCUUCAGGAUGGACAAGCUGGUGACCUUGGGGAUGAAACAUAUCAAGUUCUGGCAGCACUCAGGAGGCGGUCUGACAUUCAAACGUGGAAUUUGCGGGAACCUGGGCAAGCAGGAGACCAUGAUGUCUGCAUGUUACGGUCGCUCCGAGGACUUUGUCUUCUCGGGCGCCACCAACGGCGACGUUUACAUUUGGAGAGAAACCACGCUUGUGAAGACGGUCAAGGCCCACGACGGUCCCGUGUUCGCCAUGUGCUCCCUAGAUAAGGGUUUCGUGACGGGCGGGAAGGACGGUGUGGUGGAACUCUGGGAUGACAUGUUCGAAAGAUGUCUGAAAACCUACGCUAUCAAGAGGGCGCUCCUGUCGCCGUCCUCCAAAGGACUACUGCUGGAAGACAACCCGUCCAUCAGAGCCAUCACUCUGGGUCACGGCCAUAUCCUGGUGGGGACCAAGAACGGAGAAGUUCUGGAGAUCGACAAGAGCGGUCCGAUGACGCUGCUGGUCCAGGGCCACAUGGAGGGCGAGGUCUGGGGUUUAGCCGCUCACCCGCUACUUCCUGUCUGCGCCACCGUCGGCGACGACAAAACGCUGAGAAUGUGGGAACUUUCUGCCAACCACCGCAUGGUUGCCGUGCGCAAGCUCAAAAAAGGUAUGGUGGGACAAAUGGCCGCCAUUCUUUUUGAGAUCUGUGACCUUUGUGCGCCAGGUGGACGCUGCUGCGCCUUUUCUCCGGACGGCAAAGCGCUGGCGGUGGGUCUGAAUGACGGCAGCUUCCUGGUGGUCAACGCCGACACCUUGGAGGACAUGGUGACGUUCCACCACCGGAGGGAGCUCGUUUCCGACAUCCGCUUCUCCCAAGACGCAGGGAAGUACCUGGCCGUGGCGUCCCAGGAUUCCUUUGUGGACAUCUACAACGUGCUGACCAGCAAGAGAGUCGGCAUCUGCAAAGGAAUCAGAAGCUUUGUCACGCACGUGGACUGGGACUCUCGAGGAAAACUUCUGCAGGUCAACACGGGAAGCAAGGAGCAACUGUUUUUUGAGGCUCCUCGAGGACGCAGACAGAGCAUCAGCGCUGUGGAGUUUGACAAGCUGGACUGGGCCAGCUGGACUUCGGUUCUGGGUCCCAGCUGUCAGGGAAUUUGGCCAACAUACGGUUUUGUGAAUGCCGCAUCGCGCACCAAGGACGGUAAAGUGCUCGCCACCGGGGACGACUUCGGCUUCCUGAAACUCUUCAGUUUCCCCUGCAGGGGUCAGUUUGCCAGGUCCAAGAAGUACGUGGCCCACAGCGCCAACGUGACCAACGUGCGCUGGGCCAAUGACGACGCCACGCUGCUGUCUGUGGGCGGAGCCGACACGGCGCUGAUGAUCUGGACCAGAGAGGCGGGUCACAAGGAGAACAAGGCGGUGGACAGUGAAGAAUCUGACGAUGACGUGGAGGAAGACGGAGGCUACGACAGCGACGUGGCGCGGGAAAAGGCGGUGGACUACGUGACCAAGGUCUACUCUGCCAGCAUUAGGAAGAUGACGGGAACUAAACCUCACCUGCAGCACAAGGAACUUCCUGUCGACGAAAGACCUGUGGUGAGUCGAGCAACACCACUGCCUGAGAAACUAGCCAAGAGCAACGUGAUCAAGACAAAGAAAGCGGUAGAAGAACUGCAGCUGGAACACGUGUUUGGCUACCGAGGCUUCGACUGUCGCAACAACCUGCAUUACCUCAACGAGGGCGCCGACAUGGUCUUCCACACGGCGGCCGCCGUGGUGAUCCAGAACCUUUCUUCUGGAAGGCAAAGUUUUUACCUGGAGCACACGGACGACAUCCUGUGCCUGACCGUCAAUCAGCACCCCAAGUACCACAACGUCAUCGCCACGGGACAGAUGGGUGACAUCACGGACCUGCCAGGCUUUGCACCCUGCAUCCACGUGUGGGACGCCACGACCAAGCAGACCCUGUCCAUCCUGCGCUGUUCCCACGCUAAAGGUGUGGGCUACGUCAACUUUAGCGCCACCGGCAAACUUCUGCUGUCUGUGGGGGUGGAGCCUGAGCAUGUGAUCACGGUGUGGCGCUGGCAGGAAGGUACCAGGAUCACCAGCACAGGCGGCCACCCCGAGCGCAUCUUUGUGGUGGAGUUCAGACCUGACUCGGACACACACUUUGUGUCGGUGGGAAUCAAACACAUCAAGUUCUGGACUCUGGUGGGAGGCUCCCUUCUGUACAAGAAAGGUGUGGUGGGCUCAGUGGAGGACGGACGCACGCAGACCAUGUUGUCCGUGGCCUUUGGCGCUAACCAGCUGACCUUUAGUGGCGCCAUCAAUGGGGACGUGUACGUGUGGAGAGAACACUUCCUGGUCCGGGUGGUGGCCAAGGCGCACGGUGGUCCGGUGUUCAGCAUGUACACCACGUUGCGGGACGGACUCAUCGUCACCGGUGGAAAGGAACGUCCGACCAAGGAAGGCGGUGCGGUCAAACUGUGGGACCAGGAGAUGAAGCGAUGUCGAGCCUUCCAGUUGGAGAGCGGCCAGCCGGUGGAGAACGUGCGGUCUGUCUGCAGGGCCAAGGGUAAGAUCUUGGUGGGAACCAAAGACGGAGAGAUCCUGGAGGUGGGAGAGAAGAACGCCGCCUCCAACACCAUGAUCAACGGACACACCCAAGGAAGCAUCUGGGGUCUGUCUGCUCACCCUUUCAAAGACGUCUUCAUCUCCGCCAGCGAUGACGGGAGCGUCCGCAUCUGGGACCUGGCCGACAAGAAACUGCUGAACAAGGUGACGCUGGGACACCCUGCCAAGUGCGUGUCCUACAGUCCCAACGGGGACAUGGUGUCCAUCGGCAUGGACAACGGAGAGUUCAUCAUCCUGUCGGUCAACUCGCUCAGCGUGUGGAGCAAGAAGAGAGACCGCAGUGUGGCCAUCCAGGAUGUUCGUUUCAGUCCAGAUAGUCGCCUUCUUGCAGUGGGUUCUCUUGAAGGCGCUGUGGACUUCUAUGACCUGUCUCUGGGACCGUCUCUCAACCGCAUCGGUUCCUGCAAGGACAUCCCGGGCUCGGUCCUCCAGAUGGACUUCUCUGCCGACAGCAAACACAUUCAGGUGUCCAGCAGCACCUACACUCGACAGGUCCACCAGGUUCCUUCAGGGAAGAUUGUGGCUGAGCCCUCCACCAUUGACAGGAUCACCUGGGCCACGUGGACCAGCAUCAUGGCCGAGGAGGUUCUGGGAGUUUGGCCUCGGAACGCCGACAAGGCGGAUGUCAACUGUGCCUGCGUGUCGCACGCCGGCCUCAACCUGGUGACCGGAGACGACUUUGGCCUCAUCAAGCUCUUCGACUUCCCGUGCUCCGACAAAUUUGCCAAACACAAGCGCUACUUUGCUCACUCGGCUCACGUCACCAACGUCAGGUUCUCCUGCGACGACAAGUUCCUCAUCAGCGCCGGCGGGAGCGACUGCAGGUCCGCAUGGAGCUGGAGGGGGCGUGGCCUCUAGCUCCGGCUGAAAAUCGGGAGAUUUUCGGGAGAAUAUUUGUCCCGGGAGGUUUUCGGGAGAGGCGCUGAAUUUCGGGAGUCUCCCGGAAAAUUCGGGAGGGUUGGCAAGUAUGCCGCAACAUUACACACAGUUUGAACA